AUGGCCACAAGGAGAGAGAUCUUAGUUACUUUCGAAGAUAAAAGGUCUAUUUGGGAUCGAAUUGAAGCUGAAAGCCAAGAAGGGAGCAAAAAUACGAAUCCCACGAUGGAAAAGUUCCUCUCACGAUGGAGAGAGAAUACAGCUGCCUCUGAAGAUAUGGCAAAGCUAGCAUCAGUUGGUAAGGGGCAGACAACACCACGAGAACCUGAGCACUGUCAUAACGAAACAGUCAAAGCCCCCGUUGAUGUGCUUGAUGCCAACGACAAUAUGACUGGAUGUUCUGAACGACCAGCGCUUCCAGGGGCACCUUGGCCGCAACGAAUUGAGGAGCGAGCUUUUAUACCUCAGUACCAUUCACCCAAGAAGCUAUGUCAUAUGGCCUCCAGCGUUGCACCAGCUUGCAUAGCUGAGGAACCUCGUGACUGCCGUCACCAGUCGAUAAAUAGUUCCUGUCCCGGACAUUUAGGCUUCCCGACUGAGGUUCCCAGUUCGAAUUAUGCGCUGCAACGGAAGGAAAAUUCUGAAAAUUUGCCUCCAUCACGAUCCAUCGCGUUUCAACCAAGCGCCCCGCGAUAUGAACUCGACAAUUGUACGCAGCGUUGUGAGGAAAUGUCUGAGCUUCUGCCCACCCAGCCACGUAAAAGGCCAAGACUACCGGAGGAAGCUAAAGCCCGCCUCAGAAAGUGGUAUUGUGCAAACACUCAGCGGCCAUAUCCAGAUGGUAAUGAAAUGCAAAGCUUUUUGCAUGAAACUAAGCUAGAGUGGAAUCAAAUCAAACGCUGGUUUGCCGGUCAACGACGUCGAAAGAAACUUGGGAAGAACGAAAGAAUCAAGAAAGCAUCCAGGAAUGACUUGGGAGGCAUUGAAUACCAUACAGACGGGGCAGCCAAGACCAACGAUAUUGAUCAAACUGUCGGCAAGGCGACCCAGGCUAUGGGAGCAAUUCAACCGAUGAAAUUGGCAACAAUUCAUGCUACUGGACGUUUUCUUGGACGACCGAGAUUUCCCAUUGACUUACCUCGACCAACACCCAUCUCUCUUCCACCCAUCAGCCAGCCGAUACCGUCCUCUACGCUUCCUUCAGGGAUCCCCUUAGGGUUUAGUGAAAUUCUCACACCUCUACCUAAACAAGAUUCGUUUGCAACAGGCCCACGUGGCCCUGAACAUAGACUUACUAAGCAAUACUAUUCAGCAGCCACCAACCUCACUCCUGAUGAUACGGGAAGAAGAGAGGCGAGCGGCUGGAGUGAGGCAAAGAUUGUGGUUAAUGUCCCAUCUUCCAUUCAUCUUCCUUCCAUGGCGGACUUUCUGCAGAGCGGACGUCUGGAGGCCAGAGAGAAGUUAAAAAAUGAACCGAGAAUAGUAUGGACGGCCGAAGCAGAUUUGCGAAGGUUCCAUUACUCAGACAAGGAAACUUCCCCCACCGCCGGUCAGUCCGAUACACUAUUAACUUUCUUAUGA